AUGAGUUCACUUUUUAUAGUAUACCUUCUCCUGUCUAUGAAAUUACAAGAGCUACCUGCAGCCAACGCUGGAGGAAACAAGACUGAUCAAUUUGCUUUGCUCAAGUUCAAAGAAGGGAUAACCAACUAUGCAAAUGGAACAUUCAACUCAUGGAACAAAUCUGUUCCUUUCUGUAAUUGGUUUGGGAUCACAUGUAGUCGUCGUCACGAAAGGGUGACAUCCUUGGUCUUACAAGGCCAAGACUUGUUUGGCUUUAUAUCACCAUAUAUUGGCAAUCUAAGUUUCCUCAAGUUGGUCGAUCUCCGAAACAACAGUUUGCAUUGCCAAAUUCCACCAGAAGUUGGAAACUUAUUCCGGCUAGAACAAUUCAGUGUCAGCAACAACACUUUAGAUGGUGAAAUUCCUACCAACUUGACUCGUUGCUUGCAACUCGGGAUGAUUCGUUUGGCACGAAACAUUCUUGUUGGAAAAAUCCCUCCAGAGCUUGGUUCUUUAAUGAUGCUUCAAGUGCUUGCUCUUAAAAACCACCUUACCGGAAACUUGCCAGACAUGUUAGGUCUUGCUUUCCCAAGUCUACAAAAUUUUGACAUUGGUGGUAAUGAAUUUUCCGGUCUGAUACCGGAUUCAUUGUCUAACGCUUCUCAAAUCCAGUCCAUAGAUAUUGCUGAAAAUAAUUUUUCUGGAAAAGUUUCAGAAAAAAUCAGAAAAGAAGUCGCCUUCCACAUCCUUAAUUAUGGAACCCCUUAUAAAGUAUCUCAUAGAGGCCUUUAUGCAGCAACAAAUGGAUUCUCUCAAGCUAAUUUAAUUGGAUUCGGAAGUUUUGGCAGUGUAUGUAAAGGAUUUCUGAAUCAAAUAGAAAAAGAAGUUGCUAUUAAAGUUCUUAACCUUGAGAAACAAGGAGCUUACAAGAGCUUCAUGGCAGAGUGCAAGGCGCUAAGAAAUACUAGACAACGAAAUCUUGUUAAGUUAUUAACAUACUGCUCUAGUAUUGAUUACCAACGAAAUGAAUUCAAAGCUCUUGUUUUCGAAUUUAUCGAAAAUGGGAGCCUUGAGAAGUGGUUGCAUCCUGAUUUAGACAAUGAAAAUCAAUUGACAAGUUUAAAUCUUCUUCAGCGACUAAGUAUUGCGAUGGAUGUGGCCUCUGCACUUCACCAUCUUCAUGAAUUUUGUGAAACAACAAUCAUUCACUCUGACUUAAAGCCGAGCAAUGUUCUUCUUGAUGAGGACAUGGUUGCCCGUGCAAGUGAUUUUGGUCUAGCAAGGCUUCUUUCGACCGCCAUGGAUUCAUCUCAAAGUGAAAUCAGUACAAUGGGAAUUAAAGGAACAAUUGGAUAUGCUGCUCCAGAGUAUGGCAUAGGUUGUCCAGCAUCAAAUGAGGGAGAUGUUUAUAGUUAUGGGAUUCUUCUGUUAGAAAUAUUCUCCGGAAAAAAACCCACUGAUGACUCGUUCCAAAACGGUAUAAACCUUCACGAGUUUGUGAAGAAGGCAUUGCCAGAAAGACUUAUGAUGGUCGUAGACCCAAGGCUUUUCAAGAAUGAAAUGACAGAAUUGCAAUCAACCAGAGCAGUAAAUGAAGAAGAAAUUAUAGAGCAAGAAGACAGAGACAACAAUGGUAACUUGCUCCAGAUGGAAGCAAAUGUGCAAAAUUGUCUACUUUCAGUACUUGAAAUUGGAGUUGCUUGUUCAGCAGAAUUGCCACAUGAAAGAAUGAAAAUGGAAGAUGUCACCAGAAAAUUGCAUUUUAUAAAAAAUACCUUUCUCGGUACUCAGAUCCAAAGGGACAGACAAAAGUACAAUGAAACUACUGAUAAUAAUUUUGUAAAGGUUUAA